CCGUAGACUGCCACCGCGUCGUCGCUGUCCAUGCGCGCUGAGCCGGCUUCUCGCAAGCGGGGCUCGGUGGGAAUGGCCGUGCGUGAUCGCAGCCCUCGAGAGAUUGCAGAGCAGCGAGCCGAGAAAUUGUUUCGCCGGCGUGGAAGACAACGCCGUGGUCGCCGAUGGAUUAUCGAGCGAGCUUGCUCUGCGGAAUCACCAGUGCCCGGACAUGGGGGCUGUCAAGCCCUGCGACCUUGAGCAAGAUCAGCAAGACGUGCGAGGAUAUGAGAUUACUUCCCUAGUAUUCACGACGAGCUGGGGCAACUGUGUUUGACUGGGAUUCCGCGUGCGAAGAUAUACGACAUGGCUCUGGUGUGCAAGAAGUGGAAGGCGCAUCUGCUGCACCCGGAGCUGUACAAGGCUAGAAGGCUGCAAUCCGUUCGCGAAGAUUGGGUGAUUAUUUUAGGAGUGACGAAUGUCGAUAAGAAAUGGCGGGCGUAUCGACCCACCGUGAACGAUUGGGUGGUGAUACCACCGUGCCCUAGCGAUUUCGUGGUUCACACGUGCGACAAGGAGAGCAUGGUGGCCGGGCUGAACUUGAUGGUCCUAGGGCAAGGCGGAGAUGGAUACGUAGUGUGGAGAUUCGACACCAUCAGGAGUGCGUGGUCGACGACUCCGAAAAUGCAUACUGAUCGGUGUCUAUUCGGCUCGGCCAGCUUCGGACAAUUUGCCUACUUCGCCGGAGGUAGGAGUCGAAGGAGUCUUCUGAAGUCGGUCGAGAGGUACAACUCCGAAACCGACUCAUGCUGCCUGACAUGAACACGGAGAGGAAGUGCUGCUCGGGAUUUGUGAUGGACGGCAAGUUCCACGUCAUUGGCAGUCAACAACAGUCGAUCAUACUCAAUUCGGGAGAGGUGUAUGACCCGGCGAUGAAAACCUGGAAUCUAAUUGAGGACAUGUGGCCCAAGAAGUUCGUCCCGAGCACCCAAGUCGCGCCACCUUUGAUCGCCGUCCUGAACAAUCAGCUGUAUGGCAUCAACAUCAUCGAGAACAUGUUGAUGUCCUACGACAAGGAGAAGAACCAGUGGCAACUCCUGGAGAAGGUUCCUCAUCGGGCCGAGAACACCAAUGGUUGGGGCCUGGGCUUCAAAGCCGUGGGCGACGAGUUGUUCGUGAUCGGCGGUGCGCGAGGGGUCGGCCUGUUUUUACCACAGAUUCAUGCAUACAGUCCGAAGGCGGAAGGCAGUGAGAGAUGGAGCAUCAUCGGAGUCGCGAGAGGUGGUAUUAUGCGGGAUGGCACUCGUGGUGGGUCGUUUUCUCUGAAGUAAGAGCUGGGACCAAUGAUUCGCGAUGGCGAAAGGAGGUCCAUACCUUGCUCUUUAUUUGUGGGGAUUCAUGCUGGUUUUGUCACUCGGGAUGAUGGCUAUUUAUCCCGUUCUCAUUGCCCGACUGUUUAACAAGUUCACUCCACUGCCCGAAGGAGAGCUGAGGGCAAAAAUCGAAAAGCUGGCGUCAUUACUAAAGUUUCCCUUGAAGAAGCUGUUUGUCAUUGACGGAUCCACAAGAUCUAGCCAUAGCAAUGCAUACAUGUAUGGUUUUUUCAACAGCAAGCGCAUUGUGCUUUAUGAUACACUUAUACAACAGUGUAAGGAGGAAGAGGUCGUAGCAGUUCUCGCACAUGAACUUGGCCACUGGCAGCUUAGUCAUACCAUGUAUUCCUUUCUAGCCAUGCAGGUUCUUACGCUGUUGCAAUUCGGCGGUUAUACAUUAGUUCGCAAUUCAACUGAUCUUUUCCGAAGUUUUGGUUUCUCAACCCAGCCUGUUCUUAUUGGCCUCGUGUUAUUCCAGCAUACAAUCAUGCCCUUGCAACAUCUUGUUAGCUUUGGCCUCAACCUGGUCAGCAGGGAAUUCGAGUUUCAGGCCGAUGCAUUCGCAAGGAAGCUUGGUUACGCAGAUUCUUUGCGAGGCCUCAUCAAGUUACAAGAGGAAAGCCUUUCAGCAAUGAACACAAAUCCCUGGUACUCAGCAUAUCACUACUCUCAUCCACCGCUUGUCGAACGGCUCCAGGCUCUUGACAAGUACACAAAGAAGGACGAAUGAUGGAAUCACGUCUGGAGAGGAAGCACCAGAGUUGUAGCGUCAGCUAUUAGAGCUUCAUUUGAAAUCGUCCAGCGGACAUAUGUACACAAGAGAAAAUUAUUUGGAAUUGUGCACGGAUGACAGGGAUCUGGUGACUUCACCAGAGUAUAUCAUAUGAGUAGAACAUCACACCUUAGGCUGCUUGGGACUUUGGUAGGUGGCUUUACCUCAUUGGUAAGAUGGGCCAGCAGUUCUUGUUCAAGGGAGAGCUGUGAUCAAUGAUCUUGUCUUGAACUUGUCAACACGAAUCUGCACUUUCGCACUUGUUCCACAUUCAUGUGCUCCUGUG